UAGAGAUUCCAAUUAAAAUUAGACAAUUAGGAAGAUACGACGCAGUUUUGGAGCGCAUUGCAUCUUUCCUUCUCUGUGACGAGGGAGCGCACAUGCUUAAAUAGCUUUUUCAAAAGUUCGAAACUAUUUAAAAAAGAAAAAAUCAGAGAACCUGAUCAAUAAUAAAAGCGAACAAGAGGAGGAGAGACGAACGAAGAGGAGAAACCAAACACGAGAGAUCCAAUCUUUUUUAAACGGCGGACAUGCAAUCACCAGAAAAGGUUCGUCGUAGAGUAUUGGGGAAGUCAUCGGCGCCUCAAAUUUGUAGGCAGCAGUCUUUAACUCGAGACAUAGGCCAUGCGGCGGCGGAAACGUAUCUGAUAACUCGUCUUAGCUUCGACCUCCUUGGAUAUCUCGGGGUAGGUUAUCGGUGGAUCACAAGAUUACUUGCUCUUGCUUGUUAUGCAAUCCUCCUUAUGCCUGGAUUUCUUCAAGUUGCAUAUCAUUAUUUUUUCUCACCCCAAGUUAGGAGGAGUAUUGUAUAUGGAGAUCAACCUAGGAAUAGGCUGGAUUUGUACUUACCACCACCAACAAGUGACGGCCUUAAGCCUGUUGUAGUUUUUGUGACGGGUGGAGCUUGGAUUAUCGGGUACAAAGCUUGGGGUUCUCUCUUGGGACUGCAGCUAGCAGAAAGGGAUAUCAUUGUUGCAUGUCUUGAUUACAGAAACUUCCCUCAGGGAACAAUUAGUGAUAUGGUAAGAGAUGUUUCACAAGGAAUCUCAUUUGUCAGCAAUAGCAUCUCUGCAUUUGGAGGCGAUCCUAAUAGAAUCUAUUUGAUGGGGCAAUCAGCUGGUGCACAUAUCUCGUCCUGUGCUCUCAUCGAACAAGCCAUUAAAGAAUCAAAAGGAGAGAGAAUCUCAUGGAGUGCUUCUCAGAUAAAAGCUUACUUCGGUUUAUCUGGCGGGUACAAUCUCUUCAAUAUGGUCGAACACUUCCAUAACCGAGGCCUCUAUCGUUCGAUUUUCCUUAGCAUAAUGGAAGGAGAAGAGUCAUUUGAACAAUACUCUCCUGGCAUCCGAUUGAAAGAGCCGAGAGUAAGAAAAGCUGCAUCUCUCUUGACUCAUAUUGUGCUUUUUCAUGGAUCCCAAGACUACUCCAUCCCAUGUGAAGCAAGCAAAACUUUUGCAGAAGCUCUUCAAGGUGUUGAAGUUAAAACAGACCUAAUUGUGUACAAUGGUAAAACUCACACCGAUCUAUUUCUUCAGGAUCCUUUGAGAGGUGGUAAAGACGAGCUGUUUGAUCAUAUAGUCGCUAUGAUACACGCCAAUGACCGUGACGCUUUGGGUAAAGAUGCGGUUGCGCCGCCUAGAAGACGGCUUGUGCCGGAGUUUUUGCUGAAACUGGCUGGUAAGGUCAGCCCUUUUUGAACAAUGAAAACUAUCCGUUUCUUGUAACUUGUUCUUGUUCUGUUUCUUCUUCUUCGAUUUGUGUAUUUAUUUUACUAGAAGUAUUUAUAUACUUUGGAUAUGUAAAAAGACUC